AAAAAAGUCUGACCAAUUGUUUCACACAGUAUUUGACUUUCUUGGACUGCUGUAGACUUUAUUUCUGGAUUGAAAUCUCGCAGUAAAUCGCCUGGACAUCUCGUAUAUGUGAUUGGUUUAACAAGUACCUUUAUUCUUCAGUGAGAGAUCAUGGAGCGCGACUGUACCGCGGGAGGGGCGGAGGAACUGCUCCUGGAAGACACAGUUUCAAAGCUGGCAAGUGACCAUAACCAUAAUGCACCAGACUUAUGUGGUUACUUGUGAUCAGGGCAUUGUAAUGACCAUACCUGGCUGGAUUAAGUGCUCGGUGAAAUAUAUAGUAGUCAACAAUAUAACAGAACGCAGAUAAACGUGGUAUUACCCAACUCGUGCAGGAUCACUUCACAAACACGAACUAGCUGAGGCCAUGGAAGUGGAACAGGAAGGACUGGUAGAACAUCAGCCUCUGGAGCAGGAUGACCUUAACUUUGAGAAAUGGAAGCCCAAGCCAAAGCCCAAGAGGACGCUGCAUGAGAAAAUCGACGACUUAAAGACUUACCUGUGGAACGCAGAGACAAAGGAGUUUAUGGGCCGCUCGGGGAAGAGCUGGAGCCUUAUUCUGCUCUUUUACUCAGCAUUAUACAUUUUCCUUGCGGCCAUGUUUGCUGGUGGUAUGUGCUGCCUGAUGUGGUCGAUUAGUCCAUAUGCUCCCACCUACAAUGACAGAGUGAUGCCACCAGGCAUGACUAUGUUUCCUCAUGUAGAUGUAGCUCAUGGGUUUGACAUUGCUUUCAAUGCCUCUGACCGAAGCUCGUGGAGGAAGUAUGCGAAAGCACUGGAAGCCCAUCUGAAACCCUAUGACGAUGGAGUGCAGGAUAGGCGGAACAUUAAAUGUGAGGGAAAUACGUAUUUCAAGCAAGAAGACUUGGAGGAGAGUGCCGAGCGCAAGGCAUGUCAGUUUAAGAGGUCCUGGCUGGGUGAAUGCUCCGGCCUGAAGGACAGGGAUUUCGGCUACUCAAAGGGAAAACCCUGCAUCCUUGUCAAAAUGAAUCGGAUUCUCGGGUAUCUGCCUGGUCAAGGCACUCCAGUAAAUGUUACAUGUGGAGUAAAGAAAGGGUCAACUGAAGGCCUCGGAGAAGUCCAGUUUUUUCCGGAAAAUAUCUUCAACUUGCGGUACUAUCCCUAUUAUGGGAAACUGAGACAUGUGAACUACUCUUCCCCGCUGGUGGCUGUGCGCUUUCCUAGUGUCCAGUAUGACACCCAACUACAUGUUCAAUGCAAACUAAAUGGCAAGGGCAUCAUCAACGAUUCACCAACUGACCGUUUCCUGGGUAGUGUGUCUUUCACUUUAGAAGUGGGUGCGUAGGGUGGUAGUAGACCUAGAAACAUUGAAAUUAAAGUUCUCAGAGUAUGUUAUAAUAAAUGAAAUAGCACACUGGGUGUUGUCGUUACCCAUUAGCCCUCUGAUUAUGUCUCCGGCAGCCACUGUGCUAUUCUUGUCAGAGCUGUGUUUCUACACUACUUUUUCAAACAAGGAAUUUCCCAGUAAGCAAAGACUGAGAUUCAUAGAUCACAUUCAGUAACGUAACAUUCAGUACCCAACCACUAGAGACUGACGUGCCUGGAUUUGAUUAUGAAAAGAUGUCCAAAUACAGUAAGUAGGUUGCAAGUAUAGCUAUUGAGGCAUAAUCACUCUACAGUGAGACGUAGGCAAAACAAUUCUCUGUAGAAUUAACAUUUAUUAAACCUUUUUAUCAGUUCUUUUGCUAAGUCAAAUGUGUAUAUAACACAAAUUAAAACACAAAUAUUUUUGAAUGAUUCUUCUAUUAAGUCAGUCUCCUUUAAAUUCCCCCUUUGAAUGAAGAAAAAGGCCGAAAACUGCUUAACAUUAUCCUUAUGCUUUGCUUAUUUAAAUGAAUAACAAUCAGAUAUGGUUUAGAAUUAAUAAUUGAUUGUACAUUUUUGGACUAAAUUUUUUUUGGAUGUGCAACUAAAUUGUGAUUCCAGUAGCAAAUGUAUUUUACUGAAAUGUGGGACAGAAAUCCCAUUUCAUCAUUUUCACAGAGCUUCAUAAUGAAGUACAAGUUGAUCUUUCUUUUUCAAGCAUGCAACUAACUCUUCUUAAAAAGGAAAUAGAGUAUGUCACAUAAUUCAUCUCUGAGUGAAACUAUCUGCUCAGUUGCCUGUAAGGAGGAUUUCAACAGUAUUAUUUAUUAAUUGUAUUUGAAUAUAUUGACAUGGUACAAACAGUUACAAAGUGUAAUAGUGAGAUGGAAAUUGGUAAGUGCACAUCUUUGUUAUUCAGUAAAUGCAACAAAAUAUCCACUUGCUGACAAAGAUUUGCCAGCUCAUGUUUUAAACGCACUCAUGAUGUUCUAGCAUAAACAAUAAAGAUGGAUGAGAUUUAACGGAAUCAAA